ACCGACCGUUCUUCCGGGUCCGGAAGGUGAUCUCCACCCGUGCUCAGAAUCCAGGGGUCUGGGACUGUAGGUAGGAGUUAAGUGGGUAGGGUCGCUUAACCAGGGUUGUCAGGUGUGGGUGGUGUGUGUUGUUUCUCCUCACGUGUCAGUGGCACAAACCACGCGAACUCAUAAAUAUUGUGCGUUCGGAAGCCUUUCCAAGAUGCAUUUAAUCCCUGCGUAAGCCCACGUUAAGCAUUCACGAAGGCAUGUGCUCUGUUCUCUCGGAAGCGGCCGGCCGGCUUCCCCUCGUCGGGCGCCGCUGCGGGUGCAGGUCCUCAAGUCCCAGCCUCCCAUGGGCCCAAGGCCGUCUGGGCUCCAAUUUGAGGCGAAGCCACCCCAGUUUCCUAAUUUUUCUGCAGUGAUUUAUUUUUACCUUUCAGAGAUCCAGAAAAUGAGGCCCAUAGGAAACAAGUGACUUGCUGAGUCCAGAUAACACUAUCAGAGUGAGUGUCCAGGGGGUGAGAUGGGAAGAUGGAGAAAUGUUAAGAAUUGAAAGACAAUUCCAACUAGAUGAAGUAUGUGCAAAGUUUCAGAGAUGAGAUGACAAACCAUCAGAGAUUAUAGGAGAAACAUGAACCAGAAGCUACUGAAAUUGGAGAAUUUGCUACGAUUUCACACUAUUUAUAGGCAACUGCACAGUCUGUGUCAAAGAAGAGCAUUAAGACAGUGGAGGCAUGGGUUUUCAUCUGCUUACCCUGUGUGGACAGCUCAGCUGUAUGCCUGGCCCUGGCCAACAGAAAUGCUCACUGGGGCUGCUUUAUCUCAGUAUAGGCUUCUAGUAACAAAAAAGGAAGAAAGACCAUGGAAAUCUCAGUUAUCUUCAACAAAAUCUAAAAAGGUGGUAGAAGUAUGGAUUGGAAUGACUGUUGAGGAACUGGCCAGGGCAAUGGAAAAAAACACAGAUUAUAUAUAUGAAGCUUUAUUGAACACUGCUAUUGACAUAGAUUCACUGGAAGCAGACUCACAUUUAGAUGAAGUCUGGAUCAAGGAAGUGAUAAUGAAGGCAGGGAUGAAAUUAAAGUGGAGUAAAUUGAAACAGGACAAAGUCAAAAAAAAUAAAGAUGCUGUAAGAAGGCCCCAGGCAGAUCCAGCUUUAUUAACCCCCAGGUCCCCAGUUGUUACUAUAAUGGGCCAUGUUGAUCACGGGAAAACGACAUUACUUGACAAACUUCGAAAAACUCAAGUGGCAGCAAUGGAAGUUGGAGGCAUCACUCAGCACAUUGGUGCCUUUCUUGUCUCUCUGCCUUCUGGGGAAAAGAUAACUUUUCUUGAUACUCCAGGACAUGCUGCUUUCUCAGCAAUGAGAGCCAGAGGGGCUCAGGUCACUGACAUUGUCAUAUUGGUUGUAGCUGCAGAUGAUGGGGUGAUGAAACAAACUGUAGAAUCUAUUCAGCAUGCCAAAGAUGCACAAGUUCCUAUUGUCCUUGCCAUAAAUAAAUGUGACAAAACUGAGGCUGAUCCUGAAAGAGUGAAAAAAGAGCUGCUGGCUUAUGAUGUGGUAUGUGAAGAUUAUGGAGGUGAUGUUCAAGCAGUGCCUGUCUCUGCACUUACGGUAAAUGUGGGGACCUCAUAUGCAUAUGCCUGAAUGGGAAUGCUGUACACAAUGCACACAGUAUAUUACAUCUAAAGAACAUUUUGAUGUACAUAAUUUGUGUUGUUUUUAAGACAUUUUCUGGGUUUCAGGCAAAGGUGGUAUUAUCUUGGUUUGGCACAUUAGGAGUUAGGCUCAGAGAGGUCAGUCACCGGCUGAUCAGUGUGGAAUCAAGUCUAAAUGGAAUAUGUUUUUUAUUAUGAGAUACUUAGGAUGAGAAUAAAUGGGGAAUAAGGGAAAUAGUAGGAUAAAGAUGUGGUGCGAUCACAGCUCACUGCAGACUUAACCUCCAAAGCUCAAGUUGUCCUCCCACCUCAGCCUCUUGAGUAGUUUGGGUUAUAGGCAGGUGCCAUCCCAUGCCUAGCUAAUUUUUAAAAUUUUUUGUAGACAUAGGGUGUCACUGUGUUGCUUAGGCUGAUCUUGAACACCUGGCCUCAAGCCAUUGUCCCACUUUGGCCUUCCAAAGCACUGAGAUUACAAGUGUGAGCCACUAUGCCUGACCAAAGACUGUCUUAAGCAGAAAUGAAAUCCAGUUGUUAACAAAAAAGUGCUUGUGGCCGGGCGCGGUGGCUCAAGCCUGUAAUCCCA